AUGAAAACAGCAGUGACAGUCCUACAAGAAAUGAUGAUGAAAAUGGGUAAAAUUCCUGAAUAUGAGUGCAUUGCACAGGCAGGACCACAGCACCAGGCAAUGUUUGAGUACCGUUGCAUGGCAAAUGGAGUGACGGUUACGGCAAUGGCUCGAUCAAAAAAGGAAGCGAAGCAAGAAGCAGCACGAAUCAUGCUACUGCAGUUGGACGAACGCGGUCUGUCAGUCCCACCACCGUUUUGCCGCGGCGGAGCGCCGAGCCACACUUUGGGUCCAUCAACAAGUACCAGUAGUGAUCAACCUUCGUCUAUUGGUCCUCUAUCAUCCCGUAGUUAUGUUGCACUUCUCAAUGAACUGUGCGAAGAAUAUCAUCUUCCAGCCGUUGAGUAUGAACUGACAGCAGACACUGGACCACCACACGCGCGCCAUUUUACAAUAAGCGCUCGCAUGGGAAUGUAUGAGCGUCUCGCAACGUCCACCACCAAAAAGGCCGCUCGUCAACUUGCUGCAGAACAGCUCUACACCUAUUUGAAAGAAAACCUUUCGAGGGUCACAAAAGAUUUUGUUGAGGAUGAAGCACUGGUCCGGGCACAUGAGAAAGCAAUGGAGCGCUAUGUGGAAGUUCGCGAGGACCUCGGUUGGCGACCCGACCUCGGUCAGAAGAUCGCCGACUAUCAUUUAGGUCUGUUGACCCACAUCGAUUCGGAGAAGCUCGCACUCGCGCUGGAGGCGCUGGAGGCGUGCGGCGAGCAGGAGGCGGAGCGCGCGCUGGCGGGCGUGGCGAGCGCGCUGGGGCUGAGCGUGCAGCGCGCCGAGCUGGCGGCCGAGCGCGGCGCGCUGUGCGUGCUGUCGCUGGCGCCCGCCGCGCCCGCCGUGGCGCUGGCCGCGCGCGACGCGCCCGCCGCCGCCGCCGCCGCGCUGCGCUACCUGCGCCGCGCGCUCGCCGCCACGCCACACCCCGCGCCCCACCACGCGCCCGCCCCGCUCGCUCUGCGCACACAGCCUUGGAUGUGA